AUGACCAAAUCAUCUGAGUCCAAUACAUCUGAGUCGAGUUCAGCUGAAGAAACUUAUACAAUAGAAGAGGAACUCAGGGAAUCAGUUUUUACGCUACUUAAUAAAGUAAUACAGAUGAAUAAAAAAUCUGUAAUGGUAUUUGCCAUUAAUAAUAUUUUUUCAAUUAAAGAUAUAGGCUCAUAUAGUAAAGUAUGGAAUUUAAUAUCAAUUUGCACAAUAUAG